AAUUUCCUACGUCGAUUCAAAUUCAAAAACACCCAUUUCCUCAUCACUUCACUUCCUCUCAAUGCUGCCCCUCAAAUCUCUUUCUCGAUCCCUUCAAGAAAUCUGAUGAAUUCUGAAUCUUAAUCUUUCCCAAAAACAGCCCAACAUAUCCACUCACUAUCCAGCAUUCAAAUCCCAGAAGACUUAAAAUCAUGGCUUCCUCGAAAACGAUUGCUUCCAAGAAGCCUACAGCAAUGCAGCCCCAAGCUCCAUACAAUUCCCUCUAUGUCAAUCCCCUCACCGACCUCAAACACAACCGUAGCUGCAGCGAGGGGAACAACAAGGAGAACGUUUGCUUUGAUGAUGGCGACAAAGAAAAUGCAGCGCCGGUGCCAAAUGGGACUUCUCCUGUUCCCUGCAGGAAGACCCCGCAUUUCAAAUCUUUAUCCACAAUUGGGUCAUUUCACUCCUCCAAAGAGGCUUCAACUUUCAAGUCCCUGUCGACUGGCAGGGUCUUGAAGCCGUCCUCGCUUCAGUUUUGUAUGCAGAGGAAUGAGCCUGAGAAGGUGUUUGGGUACAAAUUAUGGGAUCCCAUUCCCACUGAGUCAGAUACUUCCAGUUCUUUGAAUGUCUGGGACUUUUCUGAUUCUGAGGCAGCUCCGGCUUCUUCUUGGUUUACAUUGCCAAAUAGGGCCUUGCUGUACAGACCAUUGCCACCGGACAUUGGGAGAUGUACUUGUGUAAUUGUGAAGGAAUCGUCCGCUGAAGGCUUGGAUGGUGGUACUCUGUAUUCCCUUUAUACCAAUGAAGGUAAGGGAAGACAGGAUCGUAAAUUAGCAGUAGCUUAUCACAAACGAAGAAAUGGGAAAUCAGAGUUCAUCAUAGCUCAGAAUACAAAAGGAAUAUUGUCUAUUUCAGAUGAUAGUUAUGUUGGAUUAGUGACGGCUAAUCUCAUUGGCUCAAAGUACCACAUAUGGGAUCAGGGCAGCCUUGCCAAUUCCAAAAAACAAUCUAAUUCACUUCUAGGUGUUAUAAUGUUCAUGCCAACUAUAGCCACCUGGACUGGGAGUUAUAGAAGCAUGAAGGCAUAUGUUCCUAGGCACCAAUCAAUGCAGCUAAAGAGCUUAACUCAGAGGCAACAUAUUAAUGGACUGCCCAAGGAUUGGGAGAAAAAUAUGGAUAAUGUUCACAAGUUGUUCUCAAAGGUUCCUCAUUACAAUAAUAUCUCAAAACAAUAUGAGUUAGACUACAGAGAUAAGGGAAGAAUUGGGCUUAGAAUACAAAGCUCGGUAAAGAAUUUUCAGCUGACAUUAGAGAAUGGAAGGCAAACAGUUCUGCAGCUUGGCAGAGUAGACAAAUACAAGUAUGUGAUGGAUUUCAGAUAUCCUUUGACAGGCUACCAAGCAUUUUGCAUAUGUUUGGCUUCGAUAGAUCCGAAGCUUUGUUGCACGGUCUAAGUGGAUUCUACAGCCAUCCAUUUUCGUAGUUCAACCUCUGAACAUGAAUUUUUUUUCCUUUUCUCAGUUUCCCACAUUAGCAGAAGGAAAAAGUCAUCAUUUUGUAAAAGAUUGAAAUUUAGUUGUGACUAUGAACAUGGAUUGUUGCCUAACAAUCUAAAGCUGAAUGCAAGUCAUUUCCGAAUCACCGCCAUUUUCUCCAUGAAGUAACGCUUACAGGUUA